AUGGCCACUCUAAUUGUGCAAUCAUCCGAGUGCACGAAUCUUGAGGGAAUCCUCAACUCAUCAACAUUCAUCGUUCGGUAUGACACUGAGAUUUCUGUGGAAAACCUUAAAGAUCACAUAUCGCAAUAUUCGUCAAUCCGAAAUUUCGGCCUUCAUGUUCAACAAAAAGAUCAUCGUCUAAUUCUUCUAACAGAUCAAGAGCUCACAAAAUCAACUCUCACCAACAAAUCGUCUUCGGUUUAUGAGUUUUUCCGUUGGCUCAUCACCGAGAAAUUGAUUGAAGGGGCAUUUAUUGAUUUUCUGUUGACCACGCCCAUUCAAGAUUCAUCCCAACUGGGGAUGGCAAUUCAAUCGAUAAGCAAAAAGCAGGUUUGUCGAUUUUGUUCAGUUUCCGUACGACUCGUCAGCCGUUUCCUUGCCGCCGAUCUGGCUCCGCACCACAGACGCAUCGUCGAUAUCUAUUUGAACAAUGAUAGAAUGAAGGCGAGUAUUAAUUCUCGCGCGAAUUCGGCUCACACGCGAUACGAACGCAUUCGGACGGUUGGAAAAGGGGCUUUUGGAUCGGCAGUGUUGUAUCGAAGAAGAGAUGAUAGCUCUCUCGUGAUCAUCAAAGAAAUCAACAUGUAUGAUCUCGACAGUUCUCAAAGACGAUUGGCACUCAAUGAAGUGUCUCUUCUAUCACGAAUCGAGCAUCCCAACAUCAUUGCCUAUUACGAUUCAUUCGAAGAGGAUGGCCUGCUCAUGAUCGAAAUGGAAUAUGCCGAUGGAGGCACCCUCGCCCAAAUGCUCUCUCGUACUCAGACAUUCAUUGAAGAAACGACAAUCACUGAUAUGAUGAUCCAGAUGCUGUCGGCAGUGUCAUAUCUUCAUGAGAACAGUGUGCUCCAUCGCGACCUCAAAACCGCCAACAUUUUUCUCACGAAAGACGCAUUCGUGAAAAUUGGCGACUUCGGUAUCUCGAAGAUAAUGGGCACUGAGACACUGGCCCAAGGGGCCAAAACGGUUGUCGGCACACCAUAUUAUAUUAGUCCGGAGAUGUGUUCCGGGGUUGCUUAUAAUGAGAAGAGCGACAUGUGGGCAUUGGGGUGUAUUCUUUAUGAAAUGUGCUGUUUGAAGAAGGCGUUUGAAGGCGACAAUCUACCGGCAUUGGUCAACAAUAUCAUGACGUGCACUUACGCCCCAGUGAAAGCUCCAUACAGCGCUGAGAUCAAAAUGGUCAUCAGGGAACUGCUACAACUUGAACCUCAGAAGAGACCGUCGGCAUCGAUAGCGCUCAAGAUGCUGCGCCCAUCCGAGCAUGUUCGCCAGAGAACAGCGUCAAGUUCAAUGAGAGCUUCAGCGACAUUUUCAACAUUGUAUGAGCUUCACACUUCUAGCAUUUCACUUUCAUCAAUAUCAAGACUUCCGUCACGAAUUACAAUAAAACAAAUUUGUUUGAGCGAAUCGCAUGCGCUUAUAUUAACAACCGACAAUGAUAUAUAUGCAUGGGGUAAUAAUACGAGCGGACAAUUGGGAAUCGAGGGAAUCUCGAAAAUCGAGAAUCCGAAAUUAGUCGAAAAUCUCAAAGGACGAGAUAUUCACACAAUUGCGACGGGUAUUAGUUUCAGUGUGAUCUGCUGUGAUAGAGGGACCAUUUUAACAAUGGGAUCAUCGAAAUACAUUGGGUUGGGACCCGAUGCAUCGGAUGCCAGGAAGCCAGUUCUCAUCGAGCAAUUAUUGAGGGAAAACGUGAAAGAUGUGAUUUGUGGAUUCGAGCACACAAUCGCAAUUCUGGAAAGCGGCGAGGUUUAUGCAUGGGGCAGUAACGAAUGCGGCCAAUUAGGUUUGCCAAAAGUCGAUCACGUCUAUGUUCCAACGAAGAUCACACUGCCGUCGAAUAAAAAAGCGGUGAAUGGAAAAGCUGGCCGAGAUGCGACGAUGCUUCUCACAGACGACGGAUGCUUGAUUGCGAUGGGCAGUAAUAAACACAAUAAAUUGAAUUUGACGCAGAGGAUGGGAUUCUUCGCAAAGGAGAAAAAGGACAAUAGCGAAUACGUUUCGAAACCAACAAUUCUUCAGGGAUUUCCGGAGCGCGUCGUCGAUUUUUCUGUUGGAUCUUAUCAUACUGGCGUUAUUCUCGAAUCUGGACAGGUUAUGCUGUUUGGUAGAAAUGAUAAUGGUGAGCUCGGGCAAGGGCAUUGUCAGAAAAUGGCUGUGCGAUGUCUUCGACCUGUCAAAUCCCUUCUUCAUCAUGCCUGCACGCAAGUGUUGUGUGGCGACGGCUUCACAUUGGUAGCUACCACAGAGCAAGAGCUCUAUUUUUGGGGACGAAAAGAAUCGAGCCGUCGGAAGGAUGACGUCGGGAUAUUUAUCGAGGAUUUGGAACAGACCGUCACUGAAAAAAAACCUUUAUUGCGACGCGCCACUGGAGAAUACUUAGAUUCAAAUGUCAUCAUGAUUCCUUCGUUGAUUCUUCGACUUCAAGAUCAGCGAAGGGACAAAGGAAUUUGUCUUUCAAGGAUUGCCCUAGCCGGUAAACGAGUACUAGUUGCUGUCGACAGUUUAGAAGGCAAAAAACUGCCGUCAGCGCUGUCUGAAUGCUCGCGAAGAGCUUCUGAUCCGAUUGAAGCCGACUCGAUGAGAACGUGGUUGCGAGAAGAGCUCGAGCAGGCGGAGGUGAUACCGAUGGAACAGUCCAAGAAGACGAUGCAUUUCAGAAGUGACAGCUCAUUGUUGCGGGAAAUCGAAGAGCUGAAGAAGAAAAUCAAAGAGCAAGACACGACAUUCGAGGGGCAUCGGAUGCAGAUGAGCGAUCUUCAGCUCAAACUUCAGGAGCUUCAAUCGCGACAAGCAUUUCUCAGAAAAUCCGAGCCGCCGCCAGAAUAUGAGCGGCCAAGCGUCUCGUAUAAUCGAUUAUUUCCGGAUAGGCCAACUAGCUCAACUUGUAUUAUUUUGUGA